CUUUUGCCUUUCUCCCACAUGUUGCGCUCAGCCCUCUUCCGUUCAGUGGCCCGCCCUACUCUGCAGCGACCAGUCCUGGCACGCGCGUAUCACGAGAAAGUCAUUUCACAUUAUGAGCAGCCUAGAAAUGUCGGCUCUCUCCCCAAAACCGACAUCGAUGUUGGCACCGGCCUCGUUGGUGCCCCUGCCUGUGGCGAUGUCAUGAAGCUCCAAAUCCGGGUCGACGAGAAUGGCAUCAUCUCGGACGUCAAAUUCAAGACCUUUGGUUGCGGCAGCGCCAUUGCCUCCAGCUCGUACCUCACAGAACGUGUCAAGGGUCUGUCUCUCGAGGAGGCAGGCCAAAUAAAGAACACGGAGAUUGCGAAAGAGCUUUGUCUGCCUCCCGUCAAACUCCACUGCUCUAUGCUCGCUGAAGAUGCCAUCCGCUCUGCCAUUCGUGACUACCGUUCCAAGCGAAGCUCAUUAACACCAAAGCAACCCACUUUCAUGGGUGUGUCGGCCUCAGAGGCUGCCGCUCCAACUCCCGCAUGA